GGUGACGGGGCGGCGCCUUUAAACGGAAGAGCAGAGUCGGGGAGGCGGAGCCGCCGCUUUAUUUCCCCGGAAUCUGCGUCGGGAAACGCGGCGGCGGCGGCGACUUCACCCGGGGCGGCGGAGACAGAGAGAUGGGGCGCGGCCGGCACUGGUCCAGUAAUAUUGGCUGGCAGAAAGCCUGAUUGCAGCUUUAGUUCCAGGCCCGCUGAUGUACAGCAGCGCUGAGGCAACACUUCAAUGAGUUCCCGCAGUCAAAGCUUUUUUCACCGCACCCCGCCCGGUCCCUCCUCUAAGCCCCGGCUAGUGACUGGAGGGGUGCUGGGUGGGAUUGCACAGAUCACCCCCUUCCUCUACCUGAGCAGUGGGAAUGCAGCUGCCAACCGCAACCUGGUCCUGUCCAAGGGCAUCACCUGCAUCAUUAACGCCACCAUGGAGAUCCCCAAUGCCAACUGGCCUGAGGUGGAGUAUGUCAAGGUGCCAGUGGCAGACCUGCCCCAUGCCCCACUCUCCCUUUACUUCGACAGCAUUGCCGACAAGAUCCACAGCAUUAGCAAGAAGCAUGGAUCUGCUUUGGUGCACUGCGUGGCUGGAGUCAGUAGAUCCGCCUCCCUUUGUAUUGCGUACCUGAUGAAGUUCCACAAGAUCUCCCUGCUGGAGGCUCACAACUGGGUCAAAUCUCGCCGGCCCAUCAUCCGGCCCAACGUGGGCUUCUGGAAGCAGCUCAUUGAGUACGAGCGGAAACUCUUUGGCAAGAACAGCGUGAAAAUGGUGCAGUCCCCCAUCGGGGUGAUCGCAGAUGUUUACGAAAAGGAAACCAGGAACCUCACCCCCUUCUGGGGCAUUUAACAUAAGUUGAGGAACUAAUCUUUGACCACACUAUAAUAAUAAAAAAUUAAUGUCUCCCAUAGGAUAUGUAAAUCUGAUGGCAAAUACUAACGUAGUUUCAGCUGAAUCUGUCGUAAAUGGAUUAAGCUUCAAUGUUCUGUUUCCCCAAAUGGCCCUGGAAUAUCGUAAAUCUGUUAAGCCCAGGCCGGCCUUAAAGCUUGGUCAUGGAAAUCAUUUUUAAAUAUUUCUAAAAUUAAUCCUAAUUAUUUUAUCUUUAAUGUUUUUAAUUGUGUCCCUUUUAAUGGACAUGCAAGAAGAUAUUAAUCUUUGUGAUACUGGCUGGAAGUGGCACUUACACUGUAGGCCGUAGAGUGGAGAGUUUGGCUGGCCCAGUGAUGCUUGAUAGUUGCUGCUAUGGACUUGGGCAGAUUGCAGCUCAGUCCAUUUUGAACAAGACCUAAACUGUAAAUGUAAUGAUUCGAUUUGCACUGCUUCAUUGUUGUUCUGUCCUGUGUGCUGCCUACCUUCUAAUGAGGGCUGUGGUCAAACGCAAGCAGAGACGAGCUUGUCUAUUGGAUAGCCCUGUGCAGUCGGUGAAACGUUGAACAGUGCUGCUGCUAUUUGUUUUUAAAAGCACAAAUUUAAAGAGAAAAAUGUGCUGGAGUGAAUCAAUGAACAGAGUUUUUUGUGCCAAUGAAGACUUGCUUGCAUUUGGCUUCCCAGUGAGUGUGUGGUAUUUCUCAGUGUUGUGCGUUUAUCUUCUGGGGUUUACAGGUUCAGGGUUGGUAUCUGCUCCGUGAUGGGAUUCAUGGCUCAUCAUCCGUGCACUUUCUGACAUCCUGGGCCGGCAAGUCAUCAGACUGACAGGAGCCGACUAUCUAAUGGGUUGGCAAAUGUCGGCCAAACACAACAAGAAUGUUGUAACAGUUGGUUAUCUCUGGCACUGCUUGUAAAUGGUUUUCUUCAACGGGAAUUGCAAUGUAUGAAGAGCUUUAUCAACAACAAAAUGAAAUAAAAGGUGUUUUUAUAUAAAAUU